AUGUCCAAGAGUAAUAGGAAGCCCAGGUCCACAAUUAAGAUCCCCAAUGGCGGCAAUAUAAUGCGCACGCCGAGCUCGAGCUCCACGUCGCCGACAACGCCUAAGACACCUAAGACACCGAAGACACCGAAGACACCUGCAGAUGAAGGCAUUGACUUCUUCGAAGCGGCGUUUAAGCAGGGGGAGAAACCAAUCCAAGUGUAUGAGCUCCAACUGGAGCCAGAUGGCGGGCCGAGCAAAGAAAGAGCUUAUAUGCGUCUACCUCCGGCCACGACCCCAUAUGUACUGCGUGUGUCCCUAGAAGCAGGAACGUCCGCGUCAAAGAACGGCGUCUUCAAGACGAACUUCCCUCUUGACGGUGGAACCUUUGCUCGCGACCGGUUCGCUGAGCGAAAAUUGCCGACUGAUUUCUCCAAGCCUAUCCAGAUCGAUCUACCAAUCUCCCAUGCUGGAGCAUUUGUGUACUGGGUCGAGUAUGACGGCGCCGAGCCAGGCUCACGCGUGAAGGGCCGAGAGGGGUACUUUAACAUCGACCCUAUACUGCGUAUCAAGGCUCGUUCGUCAAUACUUUCCUCCAAGGGAACCAUCUCGGAGAAGGGCGGAGCCGUAAAAUCGGACUACGUGAACCUCCCGCUCGAUGGUCUGUCCAUCCUCACUUUGGUCUCCAAGUGGAUGGGUCCCAUGAGCGCUUGGAGAGAGUAUCUUGCAGAAAGCAGCGCACGAGGAUAUACUAUGAUACACUGGACACCCCUCCAGGAGCGCGGCGAGAGUGACAGUCCAUACUCUGUCCGCAAUCAGCUGGCGUACGAUCCCAGCAUGUUUCCGGGCGGCAAGAAGGAUCUGGGCUCAGACGGUGGCAAGUCGAAGCUCGAGGAGAUGCUGAAGAUCGCGAGGGACGAAUACGGGCUUCUCAGCUUGACAGACGUGGUGCUUAAUCACACCGCAAACGACAGCCCAUGGUUGUUGGAGCAUCCAGAAGCAGGCUAUAGUCCGGUCAAUACUCCGCACUUGACCCCGGCGCUAGAAUUGGAUGAUGCGAUGGUACAAUUCUCUAGUACGCUCUCGUCGAGAGGGCUUCCGACCUCUGUCGCCUCUCAACAAGACGUUGAUGCGCUCGCCGGUGGCUUCCAAGAGUAUCUCAAAGAGCUGAAUUUGUGGCAGUAUUAUGUUCUCAAUGUUGAUGCUGAGCGUGCAUCGGUGAAGAGAGCCCUCGACGAAGGGAAGGUGGCUGUCUGGGAUGGUCCGCCUAUCGCUCACAAGGACGUCGCCGAGCUGGCGGAGAUCAUGCGUUCUUCGGGCAAGGUACACGGCUUGCGAAAACUCGAGAAGAAAUUCGGCACGUUCGUCGACGGGCCCGUAGCCGUGGGCUUCGUGAAGGCAGCGUUUGUGGACCUAGGGGAUGACUCUGACGCUCUUGCCGACGCCUGGGUCCGCGUGGUAGACGUCGUGAACGUACCACUGUAUCAGGAAUGGGAAGAGGAUACGAAGGUCGCGCUGGACAACGUCAAGAAUAGAUUGAAGUAUACGCGCCUAGAUGAACAUGGUCCCAGGCUUGGCCCUAUUAGCGAGAAGCUACCGCUGGUUGAGACCUACUUUACCCGAGUAAAGUCAAACGAUCCUGCAAAAUACUCAUUGGCAAACAACGGAUGGAUCUGGAACGCGAACCCACUCGAGAACUUCGCACUCCCGCCUUCUAAGGCAUAUCUACGCCGCGAAGUAAUUGUAUGGGGCGAUUGUGUUAAACUGCGUUACGGCGAUGGACCUUCAGCAAACCCAUGGCUUUGGGAACACAUGACGCGCUAUGUCACCUCGCUCGCGGGUACCUUCUCCGGGUUCAGGAUCGAUAACUGCCACUCUACCCCUCUGCACGUGGGCGUUGCGCUACUUGACUCCGCGCGGGUUGUCAAUCCGGAUCUGUACGUGUGCGCGGAGCUUUUCACCGGAAGUGAGGAGAUGGACAAGGUGUUCGUGAGUCGCUUGGGGCUGAACAGCUUGGUCCGGGAAGCUGGCAACGCCUGGGACCCAAAGGAGUUCUCCAGACUGUUGUAUCGUCAUGGACUGGGGAAACCGCUCGGUUCGAUGGACAGUGCCUGCGUCACAAGCAAGGAAGAGCUCCCGCCCCCAACGGGCAAAGGUCCCACUCGUCCAUGUGUAGUGAUCCCUCACAAUGGUUCUGCGCCCCAUGCGCUCUUCUACGACCUCACUCACGACAAUGAGACAUACCUAGACAAAAGGAGUGCCGAGGAUGCGCUGUCGACCGGGGCGCUGAUCACGUUCUCGUACUGCGCUAUUGGGUCGGUGAAGGGUUUCGAUGAUCUGUAUCCAAAGCUAUUGAAUCUCGUCGGAGAGAAGAGAAAAUACGAAGCGACAGGCCUGGGCGAACGGAGUGGUAUUGCGAAAGCGAAGCGGCUACUGAACGCGUUGCAUACGGAAAUGGCAUUGGGCGGUUUCGAGGAAGGACAUGUGCACCAAGAGAAUGACUAUAUCGUCAUGCACCGAGUACAGCCGUCGUCGCAAAAAGGCUACCUGCUCGUUGCGCAUACUGCCUUCUCAAAGGGUUCUAAGGACCGCGGCUGGAUCAAUCCAAUCAAGCUCCGUGGAACGAAGGCAAAAUUUGUCUAUGGCGCUCAUAUCGAUAUACCGUCGUAUGAUAUUGACAAGAACCCGAACACCUUGCGGGGCCUUCCAGGCAAACUGGUAGAAAUGCCUGAGGUAGUGGUAUCCCAAUCCCUAGAUGCCGAAGGUCCCUACGCCGAAGUGAUCGUCCCUGAAUAUUUCCCUCCUGGAAGUAUCAUGGUCUUUAAAACGCACUUGCACGAUCUCGAUCUUACUCUCGACACGUUCUGCGGCUCUGGGGCUGAGGAGGCAUUUGGGGACCUGAACUUGGUGGAUCUUAACGUAGUCCUACAUCGAGCGGAUGGAGAAGAACGCGAUGCGACCGGUGGCGAGAUCGGUACGUAUGCAAUACCUGGAGUGGGAAACCUUGUCUACUGUGGGCUGGAGGGAUGGAUGUAUCCUCUUCGUCAUAUCAUGCGAUAUAACGACCUUGGACAUCCUCUAUGCGGACACUUGCGAGAAGGCACCUGGGCAUUGGAUUAUGUCUACUCGAGGUUGUCAAGGCAAGUCGGGACGUUUCCCCACCUGGAGAAGCCUGCACAGUGGUUUGCGGACAGAUUUGGGAAGAUAAAACAAUGUGUUCCACCAUUCUUGCGACCCAAGUACUUUGCGAUCGUCAUCUCCGAGGCGUACAAGGUGUCCCGACGGCUCGCCAUCGAACAAUGUUCAGAGUUCGUCUCAAGUGGACAUUCAUUCACGCAAGACCUUGCGCUAUGCUCGAUCCAGAUGCAUGGCAUGGUCCAAUCGGCGUCUUUGGAUCCCGGAAGACCCACUCCUUCGUUGGCUGCCGGCCUCCCUCACUUUACCGCCGGGUGGGCGAGAUGCUGGGGCCGGGAUGUCUUCAUUUCGCUACGCGGUCUCUUCUUGACGACCGGUAACUUUACUGGCGCCAAAGCUCACAUUCUAGCGUUCGCAUCCACUCUGAAGCACGGAUUGAUUCCCAACCUGCUUGAUUCUGUCCGGAGCCCAAGAUACAAUUCUCGCGAUUCACCUUGGUGGAUGCUACAGAACAUCCAGGACUAUGUCCAGAGUGCGCCUGACGGUCUAGCAUUGCUCUCAGAACCUGUCAAGCGACGGUUCCCCAAGGAUGAUACCUGGGUCCCGUGGGACGACCCUAAAGCAUACUCGUAUUCGAGCACCAUAUCCGAGAUUAUUCAAGAAAUUCUGCAGCGCCACGCCGACGGGAUCCACUUCCGUGAAUACAACGCUGGUCCCAACUUGGAUAUGCAGAUGAGCGAUGAGGGUUUCAACAUCGACAUCCAGGUCGACUGGGAGACGGGAAUCAUCUUCGGUGGCAAUCAGUACAAUUGUGGCACGUGGAUGGACAAGAUGGGCGAAUCUACCAAGGCGGGCACCAAGGGUCGCCCGGGCUCUCCACGAGACGGGGCUCCUGUCGAAAUAAUCGGUCUUCUGAAAAGUACUUUGCGAUGGCUGGAUCAGCUUUCCACUGCCGGGAAGUUCCCCUUCAAGGGCGUUGAGGCAGAAGUCGACGGCAAACGGCGUCUUGUCACAUACAAGGAAUGGGGAAACCUCUUGCAGACGUCAUUUGAAGCAUGCUACUACGUCCCUUCAGACCCCGCUGACGACGCCAAGUACAACGUGAAUCCUAGCAUUGUGAACCGUAGGGGAAUCUACAAGGACGUCUACGGAUCUGGCUCCGGGCGAGAAUGGUCGGAUUAUCAAUUUAGACCAAACUUCCCUAUUGCGAUGACUGUCGCUCCGGAGCUGUUUGACCCUGAGCAUGCACUCCAGGCCCUGAAGCUUGCUGACGAGGUCCUGAAAGCGCCCCUAGGAAUGAAGACCCUGGAUCCCAUUGAUUUGCAGUAUAGACCGUACUACGAUAAUUCCAACGACGGGACUGACCCGGCAAUCGCCAAAGGACUGAACUAUCACAACGGUCCAGAAUGGGGCUGGCCCUUGGGUUAUUUCCUCCGUGCGUACCUGUACUUCGACUCGCGUGUGGGAGCAGGCAAAGAGGAUAUCACAAAAACCCUUCAUCAUCUCCACGGUAGCAUCCUAACGACACGACGGCAUGUGGUGAAUGAUCCGUGGGCUGGUCUACCGGAAUUGACGAACAAGGACGGCGAGCUCUGCCCCGAUUCGUGUAACACGCAAGCGUGGAGCGCAAGCACGAUGCUCGACUUCCUCGAGGAAGUUCAUAAAUUGAGCAAGGCAGCUGCUUGA